CUGCUCCUUCCACGCCGCCGCCCUCACGCUCUCCCGACGCGCCGCCUCCCCGCCCAGCCAUCCACCCAAGCAUCCCCCCUGCGGCGCGCUCCCUUGGACUCCGGCGACAGCAUGGCCGAGUGACCACGGCGAAUCAGGGGUGCGAAUCCGGACCCCGAUCUGGAUCGAUAGAUCGAUCAAAUCCGGUGGCAAUGGGUAAGGCAUGGUAGCGAGGAGGCAUGAAGGGCGCUGGAAAUCCGACCCUCUGUCGAACAAAGUGGAGAAAAGUAGCCUAUGGGGGCAUGCAACCGGGCUACGAUGAUAACUACACCGACGACUCCUUCCUCGAGGAGAUGGUGAUGAAUGCUAAUGUCGUCAAGAGGGACUUCCUGAGAGUGAUGGUCGACUCGGUCUCCAUUUCCCAGUACCUCUGCAUAGUCGCCCUUGUGGUUUCGACAUGGACGCAUACACUGAAUUUGGCCAUCGACGAGAUCACUCUCUUGAAAUUCGACAUUGGUCUGCUGCUUGUUGGGUUCUUGGUCCUCCUGCUCACCACCAGCCCGUUCUCGCUGAAUCUACUCUUGAAGUAUGUCCUCAACAUAUCAUUCUUCACCAGUGGCCUCUAUGUUCUGGCGCCAAUUUGCCAUACCCUCACCAGGUCCAUCAGUUCAGAUUCGAUCUGGGCGCUUGCUGUGUUCCUUCUGCUGGUUCAUCUCUUCUUGCAUGACUACUCUGGCUCGACUAUAAGGCCUCCAGGUGCACUCAACAACCCAAAGCUGACCAGCAACAUCUCCUUGAACGCGUCGAUUGUGGCGUCUGUUCUUGUGGCGUCGCGCCUGCCGUCUUGGCUGCACGUCUUUGCAAUCAUGCUCUUCUCAUUGCAGGUCUUCCUGUUUGCGCCGCUCGUCACAUUUUGUAUCAAGAAGUACUCCUGUAGACUCCAUUUGAUAUUCUCCUUUGCUCUCAUGGUCAUGACCCUGGGCGUCACGUACCAGCUGCAUCGAAUGCUCUUCAUUUUACUGCUGGCACUCGUUGUUUUCAUCUCGCUUGUCUGCCCCUACUGGCUUAUCAGGAUUCAGGAGUACAAGUUUGAGAUCAAUGGCCCCUGGGAUGAAGCUAAACUCUGCUUUGAUAUAACUGAAUGAAUAGCAGCACUAGGCUUAAUCAACAAGUUACAUGUGCACAAGAUUGAUUUCACUGUAUGUAUCUAUGACUGAUGUACUGCUAGUCUCUUUUGCAAGUUUCCAUGUGUAUGUACAUACUCUUGACUUAACUUGUUUUGCUACUGCGGCUCUAAA